GAGGCGCUACGUUUACCUACGAACUGCAUUGUUAAGGAAAGUCCGGGAUAAGAGAAUGCAAUACUGCCAUGGGCUCGUGUCUUCCUCAAAGUGAGAAACUCUUUGAAUAACCUGGAGUGAGUGUGGGAUAACAGUGUCAACCCACAAUGGAGGGAAUCAGUGAUGAAGGCUCAAUUAUUGAGCUUUACUGUGAGGAAGCAGAGGACCCUCCGUCAACACUGUGCUCUGACAGCAAGAGUGACUGUCGUCAGACUGAUGCAAGUGAUAAAGUGUCCUGCCCUCCUUCGAAGACAACAGUCUAUCAUGUCAGCAGCCAGCUAGUGUCUCUGCCUUUGGACACUCCUGCUGGUGAAGAGGAGAGCUACAUUGUGAUCAAUUGCAGACAGGAGGAAAACAUGCAGGACAACAGCUCAACGCCAGGAGCACAAAACGUGAUCCAUGUUGAUGAAGAACUGAAGAAUGACAGAAUAAGCCAGCCUGUCGUAACAUCUGCACACACAAAGACACAACUGGAGAUGUUAUUGGAGGACCUGGGGUUGGAGCAGCACUUCACAGAGAAGCUAUCCCUGAACACAAUACUUUAGAUUGAUGAGAAGACCAUUACGGAUGAACCUGCCAAGUGCCAUUCAGAUCUUCCAUGGUAUUUUCUGAAGAAACUGAUGAUGGUUAAUGUGACAGCUAGGAAUAUGAAAUGUACAGCUGCAUGUGAGUCAAACUGUGAUGAGCCGUCAGGGAAUACAGAGUUAGAGCUUGAUGAUCUGCUCGUCAGUCAACAUUCAGAUGACAUGUUAAACCCCCUUGACAUAAUCACUGCUCUCUUUCUGUGUUCUGAUGCUUCUGUACAACAGGAAAUGGCACUCAAAAUGUCUAUGUGUCAGUUUUCUGUGCCUCUGUUGCUUCCCAAUUUUGACACAAAGCAGUGCACACUCAUGCUUUGGGCCAUGAGAGACAUCGUUAAAAAGUACAGACCUCAGUCACUUUCAGAGUCCAAAGGCUUCAUUGAACAAAGAAUUGUUCUCUCUGAACUUCCAAUGAUAUCUUUUGUGAGACUGGGUGAGUGCUCCCUGUCCAAGUCAGAGAUCCUCAAUAAGCUUCUGAGCAAUUCUCAGCAGUACCAUGAUACAUUUGUUCACUGUAACAUGGAGUGUGGUGACAAUAACAUGGAGUGUGGUGACAGUCCAAGGAGAAUAUCCAAUGGACUGGUUGAAAUGACUUGGUACCUUCCUUGUGGGAACAAAAACAUGGAUAUUUUCAGUGAGCCAGUAGCUGUAGCUAACCUUCGUGGAGACAUUGCCUCGUUUGAAACACAAUUUUCUUUUUUGUGUCAGACAUCAGCAGCAGUUUUUGUGUUCUUUGACAAUUUGGACUCUGAGUGUGAGCUGCUCACCAACCAACGCCACAAGGCACAGAUCUUUUUGGUAGGUAACCAUCAAAGUAAGCACUUCAGUGUUGAUGCUGUAAAGAAGGUGGCAACCAAGUUGGGCUUGAACAACAGCAACAUCCUUUUAAAGACUAAGCAGAUGAAUGAUGCAGACUUUGUUAAAAAUCUGAGGAAAACAGUCAGCAAAGUAGUUGAGAACUCAAAGAUGAAGAUGCAAAUUGAGCAGAUGGCUGACAUUGCCCAUGAACUGGGAAUCUUGGUUGAUGAAGACUCUUCAGAGUGCCAGAGUGCCAAGAAAAAUGCAGAUGCCAUAACUGCAGAAAUUCAAGACAUCCUUAAAUGCAAAGACACUCAGCUACCCCUGCAAGGCCAAAUAUGGAAGGAACUGACUCGCUUGGAGAAGGAACAAUUUCGGCUCCGAAAUAUUGGGUCUGAGAACGUAGAAAAGUACAAAAGUGACCUUGAGGUACAGAAAACAAAACUUAGGAAAAAACAGAACACUUGUGACAUGUCAAAUGCAAUGACGUGUUUUAUCAACGCAAUAACAAGACCAGGGAUAGAGAGGUGCUAUUUCCUGAAAUGGAUGCGAAUGAACCUUGAUAACCUGUCUCGAGAAAAACUGUCUGGCCUCCGAGAUCAGUACAAAAAGAAAUGCAAAAAUUCUGAGAACAAAGAGGAGAUCAAAGAAAUUGACAGACAACUCUCCAACAGCUCACUGGGGACUGAACACUUCUUCCGUGAAAUGGGUCAGAUCUAUGAGGCUUCACUGUCUCUUCCAGAAACACACCCAUCACGAAAACAGUUUCAACAUCUGCCCAAACUAUGUGCAGAAUUGUUACUUGAUGGAUUUCCCCUUGAGCUUGUAGAUGGAGAUGCCUCCAACAUACCUCUCAGAUGGGUGAGUGACGUCCUCUCUCAGCUCAAUGGCUUGGUGUCUCCUAAGAACAAGAUACUGGUGGUCACAGUUCUUGGAGUUCAGAGCACAGGAAAGUCUACUCUCCUCAACACCAUGUUUGGAGUGCAGUUUGCAGUCAGCAGUGGGCGAUGCACUCGAGGUGCCUUUAUGUUGCUCAUCAGAAUCAAUGAAGAUGUUCAAAAAGUCCUCAACUGUGACUUCAUGGUGAUCAUUGACACUGAGGGCUUAAAGUCACCAGAGCUUGCACAACUGGAUAAUAGCCAUGAGCACGACAAUGAGCUUGCAACACUUGUUGUGGGGCUGAGUGAUAUCACCAUCAUCAAUAUCGCAAUGGAGAAUUCAACUGAAAUGAAAGACAUCCUACAAAUAGUUGUGCAUGCUUUUCUCAGGAUGACAGAGGUGGGCAAAAAGCCCAAAUGUCAGUUUGUCCACCAGAAUGUGUCGGAUGUUUCAGCUCAUGAGAAGAACUUACGAGACAGGAAACUGCUCUUGCAGCAGUUAAAUGAGAUGACCCAGGCAGCAGCCAAAAUGGAAAAGAAAGAGGAGAACAUGAGCUUCACUGAUGUGAUGGAGUACAGUCCAGACACUGGGAACUGGUACAUUCCUGGACUCUGGAAUGGAAACCCACCAAUGGCACCAGUCAAUGCAGGGUACAGCGAAGCUGUAUAUGAGCUCAAGAAAAAUGUAAUCCAAAUUUUGGGACGUUGUGAGUCAUCUGCUAAUAAUAUCUUGGAGUUUACAGAGUGGAUGAAAAACCUGUGGAAUGCAGUAAAGCAUGAAAACUUCAUCUUCAGCUUCAGAAACAGUCUGGUGGCUGAUGCAUACAUGAGGCUGUGCACAGAAUUCAACAAAUGGGAAUGGGAAUUCAAAAAAGAAAUGUACAUAUGGGUUACAAAUGCUGAGACAAGAAUUUCCAAUUUUGGCAAAUUUGCUGUGGAAUCUGAGAUACCUGACAUGAGAGAAUUUCUUGACCAUUUGAAAAGUGAAGCGUGCACAGUGCUGACGGAAUGGGAGACAAAGCUUCUUGACAAUUUGACACAGUACUUCAAGCAAACAGAGGGUCACGUCUAUCUUGUUGAAGGAUACAGAGAAGACUUUGCAAACAGUGCAAAGACCCUUCGACGAGAAAUGGAGAGCUCUGUGUUUAAUCAACUCACAGCAACAGCUGACAUCAGACAGGGAAUGUCAGAACUUGAUAAAAUCUAUGAUAACCACGCAAAAGAAUUAGAGGUUAGAGUGUGUGCAUUGAUUGAACAAUGUCGGGGAAAAAAUGUAGAGAUGACAGGCAAAGAGUUGGACAAAGAAUUUGAUAAGAUGUGGAACAGAAUGGUGAAGGAACUCUCCUUCUCUAAGCAAAAGCCUGCAGAUGUCUUUGCAAGGGUGUACCACUACCUGAGAGAAAAUCUAAGACGUAAGGGAAGUCAUGUCUGUCAGUUGUUAAGUGAAAAAACCCUGACAGAAUGUGGACUUGUUCCUUUCAUAUAUACUGCAGAAGGAUUCUUCAACCAGUUGAAACACAAAAUCUCCAAGUGGUUCAACAUUGAAGAUCACAUAAAGUCUGUACAGCAAAUGGCUGACAGUAUCAUAGCAGAUUGCAAACAGUAUGUGACUGAAAAAGUGGAAAGAAAAAGCAAUUACCAUGACACUUACAUUCAGGAGAUCCUCCACAUGAUUGACGUGAAGCUGCAAAACAAUAAGGAAGUGAAGACAGAGAUUGAGUUUGAAGUUUCUCUGAAACAGCACAUCUGUGGAGAUGCAGCCAGACAGUUUCAGAAAAUGCAUGAAGAUUUCAUACAUGAGAAUGAUCCCUACAGAUGUCUGAAUGAAAACAAAGCAAAGUUUCUAACUGAUUUUAAAGAUGUGUUCCAUAAACGAGACCAGUGCCAGAAGAAGGCAGAAGAAUUCACAAACUGCUGCCUGAAGCCUGCAGUUGAAGACUUUGUCAAGCGUUCCUUGGGUCCUGAUAUCAUUGGUGAAAUGAUGACAAGCCAGCAGUUCAGCACACGAAUAUACCUCCAGUAUUCAUUUUUACUGGAUUUGCUCACAAAGGAUGACUUUGAAAAAUAUCUGAGCUACAUUGGUUCAUAUGAGUAUUAUGUAAAGAAAUGGAUCCUUGACCAAAUAGUAGAACGCUUCUCAAAAGGGUCUAUCAUGUUUGAGCUUGAGGAUAAACAUGUUCAGUCAAGCAUCAGGAACAUAACUAAUGCUAUCAUCAAAGCUAAAACCAAAAAGAGUGGCAACUUGAAGACAUUUGUUGAAGAUGUCUGUCAGGAUCUUGGUGAUAAACUGGUCAUUUCCCAGGAUGCUCUUGGUGCUUUCAUGAUCCUGAACAAUGCCGACCCAGAACAGUUUGCUCACUGGCUCACUGACUGUCUGAAGGACAUGACAGAAGCUCUUAGAGAAGAGUUUAAAGAAACAAACAUCCAGAUGAAACUAAGAAAACUCAAUGUGAAUCCUCAGAACGAGCUUUUCACCAAACUAAUUGGAUGUGGUAAACAGUGUCCAUUCUGCAAAGCACCUUGUGAGGCAGGAGAAAAAACCCACACUGAGCACUGGACCUCACUCCAUCGGCCAGAUGGUCUGGGUGCAUAUAGGUGGUUUUGGACAAAUAAACUUGCCAUUGACAUAUGCAGUUCCUCUGUGCUCACUGACAUUUGUUUUUGCUGCAAUGCUACCAAAGGUCAAUUGCACCCUUUCAAGCGUUACAAAGAAAUUUUCCCUGACUGGAAAAUUGUUCCAGAAGCAAGCCUCCAGGCAUCAGACUACUGGAAAUAUGUACUGGAAAGGUUCAACGAUAAGUUUGCCAAAAAAUAUAACGCAAAGCCUGCUGAUAUUCCUGCCAGCUGGAAAGGUAUUACACGUAAGCAAGCAGAGGCAAGCAUCAAAGAGUCCUUUAACAUCAAGUGAGAAACAACAUUGUGGUUACAGAGGUGUACAUCCUCCUCAUAUACAUUCACUAUCCUCACAUGGAUAUUUUGAUCUUAUGUGUUCUGAACGAUACUGAAGACAAUCA